AUGCUCAAGUCGCCCCUCCUCUUGCUGCUACUCGGCACUGGCGUCCCCGCUGCCAUUGCUAGCCCUUUCAUCUUGGGCGCUCGAGACAACACCACCACCACCGAGUCCUCCACCGCCUCCUCUACUGCUGCUGAGUCUACCGCCACUAUCCCCUCCCCGGACUCCUCCCAGAACAUCUCCUCAUACCACACCUCCAACAUCACCUACAUCUCUCCCCAGAUUCCCGCACCUAUCAACGCUACCCACGCCAACCCUUCUUCCAACUGGACCGCUGCUCACGAAAAGGCUCGCUCAUACCUCUCGAGCUGGACCCUUGAGGAGAAAGUCUCUCUCUCCACCGGUGUGGGAUGGGAGCAAGGCAGAUGCGUUGGUAACAUUGGCGCUGUGGAGAGUCAAGGCUUUGGGGGUCUUUGUCUUCAGGACUCGCCUUUGGGUGUAGCCAGGACCGACUAUAUCUCGGCUUUCCCCGCCGGUAUCAAUGUUGCUGCUACUUUUGACAAGGAUCUCAUCUAUGCCCGAGGAUACGCCAUGGGCCAAGAGUUCAAGGGUAAAGGUGUCAACGUCGCCCUCGGCCCCAUGACCAACUUGGGCCGAGUCGCUGCAGCUGGCCGUGGCUGGGAAGGCUUUGGCGGCGACCCUUACCUCUCUGGCUGGGCUACCGAUGCUACUAUCCGAGGUCUUCAGGAUGCCGGUGUCCAAGCUUGUGUCAAACACUAUAUCGGUAACGAACAAGACCGCAACCGAACCACCUCUUCAUCCAACAUCGACGACCGUACCCUGCGAGAGAUCUACACCCACCCCUUCCUUCGAGCUGUCCAGGCCGACGUCGCUUCCGUCAUGUGCUCUUACAACCUCGUUAACGGCUCUUGGGCAUGCGAGAACCCCAAGACCCUCAACGGCGUUCUGAAGACCGACUUUGGCUUCCAAGGCUAUGUCAUGUCGGACUGGCAAGCUCAACACACCGGUGUCCUCUCUGCCGAGACCGGUCUGGACAUGAGCAUGCCAGGCGACAUUGGAUUUGGGAGCUUGUCAUCUUUCUGGGGUAGGAACCUUACCGAGGCUGUCAACAACGGUACCGUUAGCGAAGCUAGGAUCGACGACAUGGCUCAGAGAAUCAUGGCGGCCUACUUUUUGCUCGGUCAAGAUGAGGACUAUCCUGAGGUCAGCUUUGAUUCUUUCAGAUUGACUGAGUCGAACAACUCACACGUCGAUGUCCGCGGUGAUCACCACAAGUUGAUCCGCCACAUCGGUGCCUCUUCCGCCAUCUUGCUCAAAAACGAGAACAACGCCCUCCCCUUGACUAAUCCCCGCUCCAUCGCCCUCAUUGGCUCCGACCUUGCCCCUCCUACCAAUGGCCCCAACGGUUUCACCUUCCGGGCCGGUAUCGACGGCCACACCGCCAUGGGCUGGGGUUCCGGCUCUGUCAACUUCCCAUACCUCGUCGACCCCCUCUCUGCCAUCUCCCAGCGUGCUCGUGAGGGCGGCGCCAUCAUCAACUCCUACCUGGACGACUGGAACACCCAGAAUGCUUCCUACUGGGCGAGCGGCGCAGAAGUCGCUAUUGUCGGCGUCCACUCUGAUUCUGGAGAAGCUUUCGUCGUUGAUGGGAACGAGGGUGACCGAAACAACCUCACUCUCUGGACCAACGGCGAUGAGCUGGUGAAGGCUGUCGCUUCUGCAAACAACAACACUAUCGUCAUCGUCAACACCCCUGGCGCUCUCAUUAUUGAAGAAUGGAUCGACCACCCCAACGUCACUGCUGUCCUCUGGGCCGGUCUUCCUGGUCAAGAGUCUGGUAAUGCCCUCGUCGACGUGCUUUGGGGCGACUACAACCCCUCGGCUCGACUUCCCUACACCAUCGCCAAAGACAGGGCAGACUACUCUGCUGACAUUGUCUAUACCAACUCUGAAUACCCCGUCCAGCCCCAGAUCGACUACACCGAGGGUCUUAACAUCGACUACCGACAUUUCUUGUCCGAGGGUAUUGAGCCGAGGUUCGCGUUUGGCUAUGGGCUGUCUUACACCAGCUUUGUGCUUUCGAACCUGAUUGUCGACGAGGUUGAGGGAGCUGGGGAUUUGGCGAAGAGGUAUGUGUCAGACAACCCUCAGGUUGACGAGAGUACCGAGGGAGAGGUCGUAGUUGGUAAAUUUGUCGUCGAGUCUCUCCACAAGCCCCGAUGGACCGUAUCUAUCGACGUCGCCAACACCGGCGAUGUAAACGGCUGCGAGAUCCCUCAACUCUACCUCGUCUACCCCGAAAGUGCUGGUGAACCUCCCAAGGUUUUGCGCGACUUUGCCAGGAUCAACCUCGACCCCGGAGCUACCUCCACCGUUAGCUGGAAUCUCUCCCAGUAUGACGUCUCCAUCUGGGAUGUCGAGAGCCAGGAAUGGGUUGUUCCCGAGGGCGAGUUUGGCGUGGAGGUAGGCAAGUAUGUCGCAGACGCAGACGCGCAGACAGGAUCUUUCACUCCUCAGCAGUAG